AUGGGAAGCCAGAAGCGGAUAGCCAAGCUGGCCGACGAAUCCAACCUUUACACAUGGCACGUAUACAUGGACGGACCUGAAGGGUCCCCCUACCAUAACGGCAAAUUUCUCCUCAACCUCUCCCUCCCUACCGAAUACCCCUUCAAACCACCAACAGUCUCCUUCAAGACGAAGAUCUACCACCCCAACGUAACCAACGACGACAAGGGAAGCAUGUGUUUGGGCAUGCUCCGCGCAGAUGAAUGGAAACCGAGCUCCCGGAUCCAGGCUGUGCUGCAGUUUGCACGUCAGCUGCUCGCAGAACCCAUGCCCGAUGAUGCCGUGGAGGGACGAAUUGCGGAACAAUACAAGAAUGACCGGAAGCGGUACGAUGAGGUUGCGAAGGAGUGGACGCGCAAGUAUGCCACAACUUCAUGA